CAGGUAAAGUUUUCCCAAAUUUUAGGUGUUGAGGAAAGUGCAAGCUAUUUUCAAAUUCUGCCUCAAUUUUGGCCUCACAUACUUUUUGGCCCUUUAUUUAGAGCAAGAGACCACCACUAUUUUAUUCAUUUUUUAAACUUCUAGUUCACUUGUAUAUUGUUCUUAUUUGUCCGCCUUUUUUCCUCCUCCUUAUAAUCUCCAUCUUCCUUACUCCUUAGCCAUCCUUUAUUCGUAACUCCAAACAACACAAAGUAACUUAACUCAUACAAAAAUGGCAUCAUCAGAGUUUGAGAAGAAGAACAGUACCAGUAUGUACGUAGAACAAUCAGCACAAGGACUAGAAAAUGGAGAAGUUCAGAAAAAUGUUGAUGAUGAUGGGCGUGAAAAAAGAACAGGGACGGUGCUAACGGCGAGUUCACAUAUAAUCACGGCUGUGAUAGGGUCAGGUGUGCUAUCACUAGCAUGGGCAAUGGCUCAAUUAGGGUGGGUGGCUGGUCCUGUUAUUCUCUUCCUCUUUUCUUUCAUCACUUAUUUCACUUCAACACUUCUUGCCGACUGUUAUCGUUCUCCUGACCCUGAUACCGGCAAGAGAAAUUACAGUUACAUGGAGGUUGUCCGCUCUCACCUAGGAGGAAUUAAGGUGCAACUGUGUGGAAUAUCCCAGUAUAGUAACCUCGUUGGAAUUACCAUUGGUUACACAAUUACUGCAUCUAUCAGUAUGGUGGCAGUAGUAAGGUCAAAUUGUUUCCACAAGAAGGGGCACCAAGCCGAUUGCACAGUAUCCAAUUACCCAUAUAUGGCUAUUUUUGCAGUGAUACAAAUAAUUCUUAGCCAAAUACCAAACUUCCAUAAGCUUUCAUGGCUAUCCAUUCUUGCAGCAGUAAUGUCUUUUGCUUACUCUCUGAUUGGUCUUGGACUUUCCAUAGCCAAAGUUGUAGGUGUAGGGCAUCAUGUAAAGACAAGCAUAACAGGAACAGUAGUUGGGGUGGACGUGUCGGCAUCACAGAAACUUUGGAGAGGCUUACAAGCUAUUGGAGAUAUUGCCUUUGCUUAUGCUUUUGCCACCAUUCUUAUUGAAAUACAGGACACAUUGAGAUCACCACCAGCAGAGAACAAAACUAUGAAGAGAGCAUCACUUAUUGGAGUUUUUACCACAACCUUUUUUUAUGUGUUAUGUGGUACCAUUGGCUAUGCUGCCUUUGGCAACGAUGCUCCUGGAAAUUUCCUCACUGGAUUUGGUUUCUAUGAACCUUUUUGGCUAAUUGAUUUCGCUAACGUUUGCAUCGCCAUUCACCUGAUCGGAGCUUACCAGGUUUUCUGCCAACCCAUUUAUGGCUUUGUGGAGGCUCGUUGUAGUGAGAAAUGGCCAGACAACAAAUUCAUCACAUCUCAACAUGCCAUAAACAUUCCAUGGUUUGGUGUUUACUAUGCUAACUAUUUCAGGAUGUUAUGGAGGACAGCAUAUGUUAUAGUAACAGCAGUAAUUGCCAUGAUAUUUCCAUUCUUCAAUGCAAUCUUGGGUUUAAUUGGGGCAGCCUCAUUUUAUCCAUUAACUGUUUAUUUCCCUAUAGAAAUGCACAUUGCUCAGAGGAAAAUUCCAAAAUAUUCUUUCACUUGGAUAUGGUUGCAAAUAUUGAGUUGGGCUUGCUUGAUUGUGUCACUUGUUGCAGCUGUUGGAUCCAUACAGGGCCUUACACAAGAUGUCAAGUCAUAUAAGCCCUUCCAACCUCAAGAUCACGAAUGAGUUUUAGAAUUAUAUGUAUUGAUGAUCUAACUAUGUAUGUAGUAGAAAUAUUUUCAAUAAGAAGUGUCUUUCUAUUGAGUGGUUCUAUGUACUUCUUACAAAUUUUGUACAACAUUUUAGUAUAUUUUAAUGAAGAAGCGAAGUCGGGAUCUUUGACUAA